CAAAAAUGUAUAUACGGCAACGGUUUUUAAUCUGACGUCACUUCUUACCCUUUAACCUUUCACCCUAAGCCUCAGUAGGAAAAAUGUCUGCUUCCUUUCAGAGCAUAUUGAGGACGGCGUGCCGCAUCUCGCCUUCCAUUUUAUAUCCCCUGCGACAAUACCAGAUAUCUGGUAGAACAUGCAGAGCAGCUCUUCCUCCUUUUUCACCACCAAGCCGCGCUUUCUGCCAAGCAGUGUCGCUGCAGGACCAGGACGCUGCUCAGGCGACCGAGGAACGCUCUCGCUACAAAGACAGACCGUGGGAUUAUCUGGAGAGUGAAGAGUACAUUGAGAGGUAUGGAACCCAGCCAGUGUGGGCGGGCUACAGAAGGAACCACAAAGGAGGCAUUCCACCACAAAAGACCCGCAAGACCUGCAUAAGAGGACAGAAGAUAUGCGGAAACCCCUGUCCAAUAUGUCGAGAUGCAAACGUUAUCGUUCAUCAUCAGAAUGUCAAGCUGUUGCAGCAGUUCAUCAGCCCUCACACAGGCACCAUCUAUGAUCCCACUCAGACCGGUGUGUGUAUGAAACAGCAGAAGAAGCUGACUGCGGCAGUCAACACAGCACGGAAUCAUGGCUUCCUUCCCUUUCAGAUUCCCUAUGUGGACUUUGUAGGGGAAGAUUACUCCAACUGCCACGAUGCUGUGGGUCUCACGCCUCCCGCCCCUUCCUUAGCAUCUAAUGAAGACUGGUAUAAAUGGUAUGGGGAAAUAACACCUGAUGACAAUGAAGUGGCUAAAGUCAGGAAGAUGUAUAAGGCUUACCUGAAGCCAGGUGUGUGAUCAUUGCCCACACCUACAAGUACCCGUGUGUGCAACUUAUUUACUGUAGCUUUCUAUCACAGUGUAUCAUGGACAUAAAGAUGGCAAAUAAAACAAGGUGAA